AUGCCUGUGUUUUACUCGCCUGUUCCGGAGAACCUGCAGAUGGGCCUGGCCUACAUGGGAGGCUCCGUGUUCACAAACAACAGGACAGCGGACAGCGACUACAGCAGGGAGCAGGAGGAUGACAUGGAAGAAUUUGUGCAGAGCUCUGGGGACGCUGGCAUCGUGGUCUUUUCUUUAGGAUCCAUGAUUAAGAACUUGACCACUGAUAAGGCAGACAUGAUAGCCACGGCUCUGGCUCAGAUUCCACAGAAGAAUGACUUGUUGGGUCACCCGAAAACAAAAGCCUUUAUCACUCACGGUGGGACAAAUGGGAUUUAUGAGGCCAUCUACCACGGAGUUCCCAUGGUGGGCAUCCCCAUGUUUGCUGACCAGCCGGACAACAUGGUCCAUGUAAAGGCCAAAGGAGCUGGACUUAUUGUGGACUUGAACUUCAUGACAGCUGAGGACCUCAGAGAUGCACUAAAGACCGUCAUCAAUGACAAAUCCUACAAAGAAAACACUAUGCGGCUCUCCAGGAUACACCACGACAGACCCAUGAAUCCUCGAGAUGAGGCAGUGUUCUGGAUCGAGUUCACCAUGAGGAAUAAGGGAGCAAAGCACCUGAGGGUCCAGGCCCACCAGCUCACCUGGUAUGAGUACCACAGCCUGGAUGUGCUGGCCUUCCUCCUCUCCAUUGUCCUGUUGGUCAUAUUCAUCCUCGUCAAGGCCUUCAGCUUCUGCUUCAGGAGGGCCACUGUCGGUCCUCCUGACAACCGUCCAGGCACCAUGAAGCCGUGUCUCUCUGUUUGGGUCCUGCUGGCGUGUUCGCUGACCUGCGCGAACGGAGGGAACAUUUUGGUGUGGUACACUGAGGCCAGCCACUGGAUCAACAUGAAGCCGGUUCUGGAGACGCUGGUGGACAGGGGACACCAGGUGACCGUCCUGGUUCCCAGCUCCUCCAUGUUUAUGAACAGCAGUGAGGCGUCCCGCUUUCACUAUCAGCCCUUCAAUGUCUCCGUUUCAAUGAAGGACCUGGAGGAGCUUCUAGAGGAUUUUUUGUACUUCUCCAUGUAUGAGAUGGAUCAUAUGAGCUACCUGCAGAUUUACAAUAAAUUCUUGGAAUUUAUUCAAACUAAUGCGGAGUAUUCCUUCAGUAUGUUGGACGGUGUGGUGAAAUCAGAACCCCUCAUGAAAAAGCUGAAGGAGGGAAACUUUGAUCUUCUUCUGGCUGAUCCAAUCUACGCUGGCAGUGACCUAACGGCAGACAUUUUGGACAUCCCUCUGGUCGUCUCCCUGCGUUUCUCCUUAGCAAAUAACUGGGAGAGGCUCUGUGGUCAGCUUCCUGCUCCUCCUUCAUUUGUUCCUGGUGCUAUGAGCAAACUCACAGACAAGAUGAACUUCAGAGAGCGACUGUGGAACUUUCUCUUUUAUGCUCUGCAGGACGCCGUUAUUGAAUAUACUGCUUGGAAAGAGUUGAACAAAUAUUACUCUGAAUUUAAAGGAACACCCACCAGUGCCUGUGAAAUGAUGGGCAAGGCAGAAAUAUGGUUAAUACGAACAUACUGGGACUUUGAAUUUCCUCGGCCAUUUUUACCAAACUUCAAGUUUGUUGGGGGGAUCCACUGCAGACCUGCCAAACCUUUACCAAAGCCUUUUGACGAGGCCGAUGAGAGAGAUGGGGACAGAUAG